AUGCCCGCGAGCCCGGACUUCCUGUCCCUGCGGGAGGUGUUCGAUCUUCGCGCAGAGCGACGCCUGGGGAGCCGCCUGGCACCCAGUCUGGGCCCGGUGUUGGACGACGUGGGCACACUCGGCCCACAGCCCGGGCUACACCUCAAGCUGCUAGGCAGCGGGCUGCUGCUGGCCUCGCGCUACGCGCUGCUACGCGCCGCCUUGCAGGCCUCGCCCCACGCACCUCGCCAGGAUGCGCUGGUCUCCAAGGGACCACUUUCCGCACAGGCGCAGCUCGGCAUCGUGGAGAGGAGCCGCACCGUGGGCUUCCUACACGGCACGCGCCUGCAUGCCCCCGCCGAGGACGGGCUCCUGCGCUGCCAACCGCUGACGCUGCUGCUGGACUGGGCCGAGCGGUUCGAGGCUGAGAGCCGCCAGAGUGAGGCCGUGGCCUUCGGCAUGCUCCCGGGUGACCCAAACUUCGACAACUGCCCUCUAGACCGCGCGCAGGAGCGGGAGCACCCGCUUUUCAGCCGCUUCCGGGACCCCUGCCGGCUGGGCCCGCACCGGGCGCAGCCUUGGGCCCUGGGAACGUCGCUGAGAACCUCCAAGCUCCGCCACCCGGUAGUCUGCUCUCCGGAAAUGCUGCAGAGGGCCUUGGAGCAGGAGGAAGGGCAGCGCCGCUACCUGGCAGGCCCUCCCGCGGGAGGCCACCCCGCUGAGCACUGGCAGGGCCGCUGCCUGGACUACAUCACCUACCGAGGAGCACCGGGAGGCCUUCUGAGCCCAGAGGUGGAACAGGUGACAUUCAGCACCGCCCUGGCAGGGCUCACAGACCACCCGGCCGUGGGGCUUCGGCUCCGCAUUUCCAUGCCCUCCUGAGACAGAUGCCAGGACGGGUGGAAAGACACACAGGGAUGCAGAACGUGAGCCUGGCCGGUCGCCAGGAACAGGGCGACUUCAGGGACCUUUAUUGUGUGCGCUUUCCUC